AUGGAUGGAGGCUUCAUUAGCAAUAAUUCUUUACCUCGAAUGUCUCUCAAAUAUAAAAACAUAUGUUACACUCCAAUAUGGGACUUUGCCACAUUAGUACACGUGCGGGAUUUCAAAGGCCAUCGGGCUCCGAUCACAGCUUUGUGUUUUCAGUUGAAAACAAACUGUGUGUUCAGUGCCAGUCGCGAUCGAUCUGUAAAGUUAUGGGAUCUAGACCAGAUGGGAAUGGUUGACACUAUGUACGGUCACCAGGAUGCAGUUGUGGCACUUAGUGCUUUGCAGAAGCAACGAGUUAUAACUGCGGGCAGACAAGAUCGGAGUUGCAGGUUGUGGAAAGUUGAAGAUGAGAGUCAGCUGCUAUUCAAUGGUUAUUCUGCUUGUGUUAGCAUGGACUGCGCGGCUAUGUUGAAUGACGAACAUUUUGUGUCAGGAUCUGCAGACGGGUAUGUAAUCCUAUCUUCCAAAAGUGUAUUGAAUAACGUUGAAUUUAAUACUAUUCCUUCGCUUGGCCAUGGUUUUUACUGUUAUUGCUCUUACAUUUUCUUGUGUUUAAAGCCAUUUUCGGCGCUUUUGUGAUU